UGAUAAUCGUCCUCCACCACUACUCAAUCAUGAGUAAAGUAAACAUACUUUACUCUCUGAUGAUUUAAACUGUAAGUACACGCUCAUUCUCAGUGUUCAGUGGUACCAGAGGAAGUGGCCAACAAUAUUCAACAAACUCUACCAAUAAGAAUUAAGAUGUGUUAGCACAUGCUAACUACGUCCGAUAUAAAAUUUCCAAACCACGUAUCAAUGAUCUGACGCUCAUCUUGUCAUACGAAUAUUGUUUAACGUCUCCUAAAUGAGACGUUAAGAUAAACAGCAUUAAGUUUAAAAUACCAUAACCUGUGGAGAUAAAUAUCAAGAUAUCCCAGUAUAAAGCUUUAUCCAAGAGCACGGCGAUUUAUUUAGAAGCAGUUGGUCGUGGUACGUGGUGCAGUUAACACGAAUACAAAAAUGUGUGAUAUAAAAAUGAGACCGGAUUUCCACAUUGGUCAUGUUAUGAUGGAAUCAAUGCGUGAGAAUUCACAAUUGGUGUGUCAGGUAGAUGUAGUAACAGGCCAGCAAGAAACAAUUGGAUCAGUAUUACGACGUUCUAUUCAGCUAGCAAAGCAUCUACGCAGCAUUGGUUUGCAGCCCGGCGAUGUUCUGGCUAUAAGUGGUAAUAACCACUUAGAUUUGUACAUACCCUUCUAUAGUGCUCUAUUUAACGGGCUGCCUAUUGUUGGAGUUGAUCCAAACUAUAAAUAUGAUGAGAUCAAAAAGCUAUUUAAAAUUACGUCACCUAAGGUAGCCUUUUGUGAUAAAUCAGCGUACGAAACAUAUGUGAAUGUCACCAAGGAUUUAGGAUUGGAUGUUAAACUUAUUGUAUUUGGCAAUGAGAAUUUUCCCAAAUUCGUUGAGUCAAAUAAUGUUUCUCACAUAGAUGAUAAUUUUACGGUAGCUGAAUUCGAUAUUGACAAAAUAUAUGUGUUUUUGAUGUGCACAAGUGGGACAACGGGAAAAAUAAAAGCAGCUGCUUUCAAACAUGAUGUUAUUGCGGGCAAAAUGUUACACCAUUCUUUAGUGCCUAGGGAAAAAUACAAAAAUACAAGCACAAUAUGUUUAUCACCCAUCAACUGGAUAUCUGCGUAUUUUAUUGCCAUUGGUUCUGUCUUUAUUGGUCAAAAACGUGUACAAUCAUCUAUUCCGGACGAUUUAGAAUAUACUAUAAAAAUAAUCAACCAAUAUAAGCCAGUAACAGCAUUAUUUAGUCCUUCUUUAAUGGCGGCACUGCUAAAACGAAAAAACGAUGUUGAUCUUACAUGCUUUGACGUGCUUGUGGUAACUGGAUCUAAGGUUUAUCUGGAUGUACUAGAUGAGUUCCAGAAAUGUUUGAAAAAGGGAGCAAUCGCAUUUGAGAGUUAUGGUCAAACUGAAUUAAUUGGGCCUUGUUUACAAUUUGUCCCCGGAACUCCCCGUGGCAGUAGUGGCAAACCACACAUGUUAUAUUCUAUUAAGUUAGUUGAUCCUGAGACUGGCAAUGAGAUCACGGAACCAAACGUGCCCGGAGAAAUGUGGGCCAAGGGACCAUGCUUUACGGAAUAUUACAAUGAUCCAGAAGAAACUGCUAACGUAUUUUCAGAAGACGGCUAUUGCAAGACAGGCGAUCUUUUGUAUAGAGAUGAAAAUGAUUUUUAUUACUUUGUGGAUCGUAUUAAAACGCUGAUUAAAUAUAGAAAUUUCCAUGUAACACCAGCAGAACUAGAGGAAGUCCUACACAGUCAUGAAGGAGUCGGUGAAGUAUGUGUUAUUGGUAUUGAUGAUCCCGAAGAUGGGCAGAGACCGGUGGCCUGUGUUGUAAGGCGCAACGGACUUAAUGUUACUGCUGAAGAAAUUAAGAACCUAGUACUAAGUAAAUUAUCAAAAAGCAAGGAAUUACGAGGAGGUGUGCUGUUUCUUAAAGAACUGCCAGUCACAUCGUCAGGAAAAAUUGCUCGAGGGAAACUGUUAGAUAUAGUAUUAAAUUCUCAAAGAGAAUAAUAUAAUUUCAGUAUAAUAUAAAUAAAAAAUAGAAAUAAAGAAUUG